AUGAAACUGCUCACCCACAAUCUCCUGAGCUCGCAUGUGCGGGGCGUGGGCACGCGUGGCUUCCCGCUGCGGCUGCAGGCCACCGAGGUCCGCAUCAACCCCGACUUUGUAGCACGGAUGAUCCCUAAAGUGGAGUGGGCGGCGCUUGUGCAGGCGGCAAACACCUUAAACCUGACCGAAGUACCCAAAGAGCCAACUGAAGGUUAUGAACAAGACGAGACGUUUUUGAGGAAGAUGCACCACGUGUUGCUUGAGGUUGAUGUGCUAGAGGGCACCCUGCAAUGCCCAGAAUCUGGCCGUCUUUUCCCCAUCAGCCGCUGGAUCCCCAAUAUGCUGCUGAAUGACGAGGAGACUGAGACGUAAACUUGUUAGCCGCCACUUUCGCAUUUUGU